AUGCCGAUUUCGUGCAAGAUAUCAAUCCAAACGACACUUCGAUUAAGGGGAAACGAUAGACAUCACGAUCAAACACAUGCAAUCAAUCAUCAUUCCUGGAACCAGUUUUCCCACCAGCCUCCUCUCCCGAUGCCGCCGACCCUCAAGGCAGGAGCGACGCUCAAGCAGAGGCUUGCGGCGCUCUCCCUAGCCCAGUCAUCUCCGUCGCCCGGCCCCUCAAGUCCUCCCUCCGCGUCAGCCUUCAAGCGGAAAUUCACUGCUCCGUGGACGGCGAAGCGGCAGAGACCUACCGAAGACUACGUCGCCUUCUCUCAUACCGCGGGCCGGGAUAAUGUGGACGACGUCCUGACACGACUGAUCUUCCAGGCUGGCGUGGAUUUCGAGUACGACGCGACCGAUGUAUGUGUGCAGUCGUCGCUGUGGCAUGGGUCUUUCUGGCUGCUGACGAGAAGGAAGGGUCGUUCUCAAUGCGUCUGCGCUCCCGGAUCCGAAGGAGGUCGACUACGAUGUGCUACUUUCGUGCGUGCAUGGCCUGGCUCGAGACAAUACAUCCGCUCACUUGCCCUCCCUGGCUGCAGCCGUGUGCUUGCGUACCUCAAUCUCUAUGUCGAAUCAGACUACACCGUUGUGUUCUUCGCCGCUGGAGGGAGGCAUACGCCGGGAUGGAACUGGGUGUGGAAGGCGUAUAGGAGUCUCAGCCGCAAGUACCGCAAGAACCUCAAGCGGCUGUACAUUAUCCACUCGUCUUUUUUCUCGAAGAUGCUUUUCAGUCUAGCUGGCGCGAUCAUCAGUCCUAAGUUCUUCCGCAAGAUAGCUUACAUAGGCACUCUGUCCGAGCUUGCUUUCCACAUUCCUAUCACCCAAAUCGACUUGUCCCCAUCGGUGUACCAGGAGAACCUCAAGUAUGAGAGCAAGAUCACGAUGCCUGUAACGACUCGAGGAGACACACACAUCUUUGGCGUACCACUGGAAGAUCUCAUGGGCUUCGAUGGGGAGAAGGGUGGGCUGCCAAGGCCCGUGAAGGACUGCAUCCAGUUCAUCCGCGAAACGGGGCUAGAGGAGGAAGGGCUGUUCAGACGUUCUCCGUCGUCGGCGAUGCUACGCGCUGCGCAGGAGGCUUACGAUCGCGGCCACUUCGUCUCGCUAGAGACAUUCGGGGACCCGCAUCUCGCUGCGGUCCUCGUCAAGAAGUACCUCCGCGACCUGCCGGAGCCAAUCUUCCCCGAGAGUCUAUAUGCGGUGGUUCGCCGUUGCCCAGCCCCGUCAGCGACGCUGGAUACCAGCGAUUCUGUGACGAUCGAGCGGGACUUGGCUGCGGUCGCGUAUGUUCGUGAUAGCAUCCUUCCACAGCUGCCGCUGUGCACAUACAUCCUGCUAAGCAAUGUGCUCCACCUGAUGCACGACGUGUCGCUGCGCGCCGCGUCAAAUCGGAUGGAUGCACAUAACUUGGCCGUUGUGCUGUCGCCGAACUUGGUCAAAAGCAAGACGAACCCGAUUCGGGAUGUCUGGAUGUGCUCGGUACCGGGCGGGCCCGCGCUGUUCUCACCGGAAGCGUCGCCGAGCACGGAUGUCUUCCCGGAAGGCAAGACGACGCUGGGGGCUAUCGUGAAGCUGUGCAUUCUGCGCUACUUCGAGGUCUUCGACGAGCUGCCAGACCGAGCAGAAGCGCAGGCGCCUCUUGCUGAAGCCCCCUCUGCCUCAUCAUCCGCAUCGUCAUCCGCCUACGAGUAUCGACCCCCGUCUCCUCGCCGGCAGAGCGUGCGCAGUGCACAUUCGCAGAAUGACGACGAGGACUUGGAUGAUGGGAUGCUAGUGAUGCCCAUUGGUCCAGGCUCGCCGAUGGCGGCUUCUCCGCCCAGCGCGUGGGGUAGCAGCAGCCCAAACGGCCACAACAAUAGCCAAGGCACGUUCCGACCCCGGCAUCGCACAACGCUCUCGGGUGGGGGAUCGCUCGGCGGUACCCGGUCCAUUAUGAGCGGAGGCGGCGCCUUUGGAUCUGUUCGGUCGCGGUCGUUGAUCAGCGUCGAGAAAGGGUCUGGGCCGAUGGGUGUGGGUACUGUGGGCAAGCGAGGAUCGAUUGCGAUUGGGCGGGGGACGACCAAAGCCAGUGGGGCCGCGGUCGAGGCUGUUGGGAUCACCGCAGAAGGGUUCUUCUCUCCGCCUGUGUCAUCGCCGUGACCUUGAGUGGGGGGGCUCAUUUUCCUGUUGCUUAAUGGAUUGGAUUGCCAGCUAUGCUCAAAGAUCUACUGACGUUCCUUGUAUACGCGUUUGAUUCCGUCAUGAGGAGAUCGUUAUUGGGAUUGAGAUUGAGAGAUUGAGAUUAGUUUUCCCGGCUCCGGCUAGACACGUUGAACGCAGGUGGCUUUAUUACGACUAGCGCGUCUAUCUACAAUGUGUUGGGACCAUGAUUACAGUAAUAUGCUCGCCGUCAUGCUCAGCCUGUGACGGGCAGUGACGCUGACGAAAGUUCUCGAUCGUUUCUCCCCGACGGCAUCAUCCGGCAUCGACCUCCUGACAAAGAGGGAAGCCCCUCGCAUCUAUAGCCCAGGCCAGCUUUGUCACCCACCCGGCCGGCUUCAAUUGUCGGAUGCAAGAUCCACGCAGGACUAUCAUAACCUUAAUCUCGUUAGCAUGGCCCACCCACAUCGAACCACUUUAGCCCAGAACCGCGUCCAAACCGAGAUAUGUACCAUAAACCCGGGAGACUAGACCUACUCCGAGUCGAUCGCAGAACAUGACGUCAAUGAUCCGGUUCAUCAUUGAGCUUGACAUGACCCAUUCCCUGCCUUCGGCAUGAUGCAUCAUCGAUUUUAAAAUCGGGGGCCGUCUGCAUCUACCUAAGCUCAGCUGGCGUCUGGACCUUGCUCAUGUGCAGGCGAAGGAAGGAUCAGAGUACCCUGAGCUAAUUCCGAGCAUGAAAUCAUUCUUGCGCAAAUUGCCGAUGCAUGGUAAUUCAAGUGGGUGUCCGGCGAAGUCAUUUGUGAUGUGUCAUUCUCCAGAUUUGUCCGUCUCCGCGCCGGGUUUCUUCUUGCCUUCUUAUAAAGCAUGCAAAUUCUCGGGACUCAUCGGCGACAUUCGCUUCCUACCAAGUCAGUCAGCCCAUCCGUCCUCUACGAUCGAUGCCUGCCCUCGCCGAUCGGUGCGUUUCGCUCUGCACACAACAAGCAGCCCGACUACCUUCUGGCGCGGACGACCGGUGGAGGGAGGAGAUGGCGCGCUUCUUGCAGGACAUGACGGACGUCGCGCGCAGCCUCAAUUUCCUGCUGGUGUACUCGCUGCUCGUGAUGGUCGCGCUCGGGGUACUGCUGUCCGUGCUGUUCCUCUUCGGCAUGCUGUUUGCCAUGGCGCGUCCGGCGGCGUGCGCAGAUGGGGAGUCGGGAUUGGCACAAGGCCAAGUGAAAACGUCUGGGAAGGAGAGGCUUAUGGAAAGCAGACGGGCGGCGUGGACGUUCAUUGAGAAAGGGAAAAACGAGGUCCAGGCCGUGCUGCGCCAGGCGCUACCCUGAUGCGAGACAUUCACUUCGUCACCGCCGACUCUCCCCGCCCUCUGAAGGACUCUCUCCAAUCGCACUCCUAAAAGUCCGUCAUUUGUGACCUACCUACCACCCACCCUAUGAUCACGAUCCCACGACCGGAGUCCACCUUUUCUCCACCCUGCAUUGCGGUGUUUACACUCUGCGUCCCACUCCCGGCCCCUCGGUCGGCGAAGCUCUGUACGACACACGCCUGUUCUGCCAUCUAUACGUUCCGUCCAGCCCGGCUAUAAUUGUGCACACGACUCUGAAAUGGAAUGAUUUUUUUGUCGUCCG